GGGAAGGUAAUUGAGAAAGAUGAAGCGCAACCCAUUCUUAAGCCACCGGAGAAGGUAGAAGCUGAAAAUAAAGAACUUGAAGCUGAAUCAGUGAAUGAGGAGACCGGGCUGCACGAAGCUGAAGAUCCAUAUGUGCCACCUAAGCCAUAUGUUCCACCCAUUCCUUUUCCAAACAGGUUAAAAAGUUAUAAGCUUAAUAAUUCUUUUGAUGAGAUUUAUAAGUUGUUGUCUAAGGUUAAUGUGAACUUGCCUUUUCUUGAAAUGAUAAAAAACAUGCCUGCCUACGCUAAAUUUUUGAAAGAAUUGAGCACUAGAAAGCGUAGGUAUGAACCAAAUGAAAAAGUGUUUGUUUCUAGUGCUGUUUUGCAAAAAGAUUUGCCUCCAAAAUUAGAAGACCC